AUGGGAGGUUUGAACAGAGCUAGCCGGAGCGCCUUGGGCCCCCUGCAGUGUGGCAGGGUCCAGCAGAUUGGGGCACUACUUUUGGUGGUACUCACCUUCUUCGUGACAAGGAUUGUCGACCGGGCCUUCUCUCCGUCCGCUCCGUCUUCGACUUCCUACUCAUCUCACCUCCACUCCGCCCUGGAUGAGCGGCACCGGGAUCCCUUCGCCGGGGGCGGGCUGGCGUGGCCCGACCGAGCCUACGGAUCUCGGCUGUCCCUCAAGAUCUACGUCUACGACGAUCGCGAGAUCGACGGGCUGCGAGAGCUGAUGCGCGGUAGGGACGGCACUAUCUCUCCAGAUUCCUGUGUCAAGGGUCAAUGGGGAACCCAGGUCAGCAUGGGAUCUAUAGUUUGCGUUAUUUUUAUUGUCCUGCGGCAAUUGUCAUAACUUUGACUUUUGCGUGAAUGUGCCUUAAUACACGGAGUUCCGACUGCUUUUUUUAUGCUAAUUAAGCCCGUCUAGCCCGUUACCUGUUUCUCAUUAGACAAGAAUACUAAAUGUUUAUUACAUUGAUUUGACAUUUCGAGUAUGCUGUUAUUUUCCAGCUGAGGUGUGUUGUCUGUUCCCUUGUGUGAAGGUUAAAAUCCAUCAAUUUCUCCUCCAGUCGAAGUUCCGAACAAUGAACAAAGAGGAAGCUGAUCUUUUCUUUGUUCCCACCUAUGUUAAGUGCGUCAGAAUGAACGGGGGUCUGAAUGAUAAGGAGAUUAACCAGACAUUUGUCAAGGUAACUACGGAUUUUAGUUGAUAUUCUUGUGACUAUGUUUCAGAAAGUCCUUUGAAAAACUGUAUCGACGGCAUGAAUCAGAAUAAAUUAUGGGAAAUCAUUCAAGGUUUGUUUUGGAUCUCUCGUGUAAAAUAUGUCAUUGCUAAUAUAAAGAAACACAUGAAAUUGUCGUGACGUUCUAGUGUAGAGAAAUCCAAAUAUUUUAUACAUGAUUAAGUGAAGAUUCUGAUAGAAGCUUUUCUUUGAAUGCUUUUCUAACGAUGUGUAGUUUGAAUGCAAAUACUGUAUCGACAUUCUUUGAAUACAUGACGUUCUAGUGUUUAUUUCUAACGUUUGAAGACUCUUGUGGAUUCAAAACGAUGGUUGUGCCUGUUUCUUUUAAAUGAUAGAGGCUUAUUGGCGAGUUUGAUUUUAACGCCUAUCAUCAUGAGUAAGUAUGGAUCUUGAAUGACUAUGGGCAUUUUCCAUGUGUCCAUGUUCAAAACAUAUUAAAAUUCUGUGUAGUUGCCAUUUAACUGAAGGCUCGUGAACAAAUUCAUGGCUUUGUUAAGUCUAUGGACCAAUUGGUUGCUGUAAAGUGGAACAUAAUGAUUCAUCUAUGGAUAGAUAAUGGCGGCUGGCCAUCUGAAAGAGGACCAACAAGAAAAAUAAACGUCUAGAAAUCCAAAGAUUCGCAGGGUGAGGUAAGACAGUUUCCUUAACAAAGUUGCAAGAGCCUGUCCAAAAUGUAUCACAUCCCACAAUAAGGCAAACAAGCAGAGACGUGACUGAGCUCUCUGUUCUAUCUAGAAUUGCUGUCAAGCAAUAUGAAUGGUCCUCUUCCCAAAUCCUAGAGAAUAUGAAUGAUGAUUGUCAAAUAACGGUGGUUGUGGCAUUCUUUUCUCAAGGAGCAGCACUCUAGUUUCCUUCAGUAAAAAAAGGUCCGAUGAAACUCUCCAGCAUCUAAUGCAUACAUAUUUCUCGGGGUUUCAAAAUAUGCCACAUGUCUCUACAUCACAGUAGUCGAUUACAUCACAUGUCUCUAAUCAAGAUAGGCACACAUGCCUCCUUGCUGUAUGUUCCUUUGGUCCUAUGAACUUAACAGUUGUCUGUCAUGGCGAAAGUUAUGUUUCUAACCUUUAAUUAUGCCGUGAAUUUUCAGGUUCUGAGUCAAAUGCCAUAUUUUCGUUUAUCAGGUGGUCGUGACCACAUCUUCGUCUUUCCCAGGUACCAUUUUUUCUUUUUCGUUCUAAUUUAUAUGUGUCGAAUCCAUCCCUUGACUCAUUUUUAAUCGUGGGUUCACAAGGACUUGAAUAAAAAUUACCGACAUGUAUUCGAUUAGUAGAUGAGUUCAUUGCUACUUUCGCGCAGUAACUUCGUAACUUCUUGGUUGCAUAUGCAGUGGUGCUGGUGCUCACUUAUUUCGGUCUUGGCCGGUGUUUCUGAACCGCUCCAUCAUUCUAACUCCUGAGGUACAGAAGAUAUUGUCAAGCUUUAAUAUUGUUGCCAAUGGGGAGUCUAAUACUUAUUGACUUCCUUGUCAAAACAUUCUUCUCGCAGUGAAAAACUAAAACUUCGAUUAUAUAUAGCUUCUAAACGUAAAUGGCUGAAUACAUUCCUCAAGAAAUCUUUCAUAGUUGUCUACUGUCUUCGGAAUGCUAUCAUACCAUCUUACAUGCUAUUCUGUUCAAUGUUUCAUUAAAUCUGAUUAACAUACCAUAGAUAAGUGUUUCAAUGUUUCAUUGAAACUUAAAGGCCGCUGAUUACAUUAAAAUCUGAUUCGUUAAUCCUUGGUUCAUGGUACUAUAAUGAAUGAGAAAAUUAAUCAGAAUGACAUUGCUGUCUACGGCCUUAGUCCUAUUUUUAGUAGUGUUACUCUCCAUUCCAAAUGCACAAAUUUCAGUAAGCUUGUAUACUAAUGCAGGGGGAUCGAACAGAUAAACGGGACACAAGUGCCUUUAACACGUGGAAAGAUAUAAUCAUCCCGGGCAAUGUUGACGAUGGAGUUACCGCAUUUCAUAGUUCUGCAGUUGUUCAGCCUAUUCCUUUAUCAAAAAGGAAAUACUUGGCAAAUUUUCUGGGCCGUGCCCAGGGAAAGACUGGUCGUCUCCAAUUGGUGGAGCUCGCUAAGCAGUACCCUGACAAGGUUCUCAACCACUUCCUGUUUGUAAUUCUUAUAUCUUAUUUUAAAUAUUUAUGUCGAAGUGAUUAGAAAUACUUUGCCAAAGUGGCAUCAAUUUCAUUCAUGCACAAACCAUGAACUGCUGUUUAUUUUCCUUUUUUUCUCAUUUUCAUAAAAAAAUCAAUUUAUAUCCGCAUAGAGAUUGCCCUGCUGUCCGCAUCCACACUUGUAUCUCAUUGGGCACACGGAUUUAACACAUUUGAUUUAAUUAAUUAAUAUUAUAGUGCAGAUAAAUCAUGAAAAAUGUUUGCAUCUAUUUUUUUAUUUCCAGUAAUUGGUUUUCCUACACAAUUGGUGUCUGAUUUCCAUCACAUGAAAUGGAGUAAAUGAAGAAUAAAGAAUCAUCUCUAGAUUCCACUUCAGAUGCUAUUAAGUUGUAUAAAAUGCCAUAUUUUACCCUGUGAAAAUACUCUUUAGAUAUAUUAUUAAACACAAAUUUCGGUUUUUUUUGUGCUUUAUUUAAUUAAUAUUUCUCUCUGUUUGUCGAAAUAAUCUGUCCCUUUUGAUUUCAUGAGCAGUUGGAGUCUCCAGAGCUCAAGCUCUCUGGACCUAACAAACUGGGAAGGAUCGAUUACUUUCACCAUUUGAGGAAUGCGAAAUUCUGCUUGGCUCCACGUGGCGAAUCAUCCUGGACCCUUCGCUUUUAUGAAGCUUUCUUCAUGGUCUCUCUCUCUCUUCGUACUACCCCCAUCACAUGCAUAUUUCUUUCAUUCUUUCAUAUGAUCAAAUAUUAUAUAUUUUUAAAAAAAGAUAAUCUGCCUUUUUCUCGUUUUUCUAAUUUCUAUCAGCUAAUAUCAAAUUGCCUCCAUUGGACCCGCUGACUAACAGUUGAACACGUGGGAUAUUAUUUUAUUUUAUUUUAUUUUAUUUAUUGCAUGGUCUACUCUCACAUCUUAUCCAUUUUUUUUAAUCGUUUGCUCCAUAUUUUAUUAAAUAAUAAUUAAAAUGCAUAUGGCACAGUCUGAGAGAGAAAUUCAUCUUACCCUUUUGAGGGGGAAUAAAUAUAUAUAAAUAAUAUUAUAUAUAUAUAUAUAUAUAUCUACCAUUUUUUUUGUGCUUGGUUAUCAUCCCCUUUAAUUUGCCUCCUAUUAUCUGCUCAUCUCGACUAAUCUUGCUAAAUACCCCAAUAAAUCAGGAAUGUGUUCCAGUGAUCCUCUCCGAUCAGGUAGAGCUUCCUUUCCAGAACAUUAUCGACUACAGCCGCAUAUCUAUCAAGUGGCCGUCCACUCGCAUUGGCAUUGAACUCCUGGAGUAUCUACAGUCCAUACCAUGUAAGAUCCUCGCCCAAUCUUCUGCAAGAUUCUCCUCGUUGACCUGAUGGGAGUAACGUUGACAAACGAUGCUCCGUUGACUCUGGCGGCCGCAGAUGAGGCAAUUGAGGAAAUGCUGGCCAAUGGGAGGCGAGUGAGGUGCCUGUGGGUCUACGCCUCAGAGACUGAGCCAUGCUCGGCAAUGGGGGCCAUCUUGUGGGAGCUCCAGAGGAAAGUGAGGAGGUUCCACCAGUCAACGGAGACAUUCUGGCUCCACAAUGGCUCCAUUGUCAACAGGCAGCUGGAAGCUUUCCAGAAAUGGAGAACUCCUGUUCAGCUUCCCUGA